CGCUCCUUCAUCGGCUCCUGUGAUUUAUUUUUUAUCCUAGUAGUUACAUACACUUCGACCUGCUAAGCUUCGAUGUAAGGAGCAUACAGCAUUGCAGCAGAUUUGGUUGAUCUUCUUUUUUUCUCUCCUUUUUCCCCCUAAUUCCGGUGCCCGUUCUUCGGGUGUAGGCGAAUAUUGACGCGACAGAUGUUCUCAGCGCUAGACCUCCAUCACGUCUUUUGUUAAUCUCCCGUUGGACCCGUCCCCGAUGAUAUUAGCAUGCACCCGCAGAAGGGUCGCGUCAUCGAUCUCGACAAGGUCAUGAGGCUGAUGUUAACAGAAAAGUAUGUUUGGACUACUAGGCGGAAUGUUGCUUACGCUCAUAUCGCAUGUAUAUCAACUGCUAUGUGCUCCCAUACAGGAUCUACGACUCACCGCUGCCAACGAACAGGCAAAGUCCACUCAUGGCUCGGCUACGCACUCAGUGCCCUGCCGUUACUACUUCCAUGACUGUCCAUCGUUGAGAGGUCGUUCUCGGACCCAUGACUCGCAGGAUGACGAGCGUACGCAUAUAGUUGCAUGCCUGUGAGGUCAUGUCAAGCUCAAGCUGUCAAUAAUUUAAAUGUUUUCGCCCACAUCUACGUCCCUCAUCCAGUGUGAAGCGAGUUUGUUACCGUUCUUCUCCUGGAUCAUGCAGUGCAGUGAAUCUUCUGAAUGUCGGAGCUAUGCUUCGAGGUGUUCACACCUGGCAUAGCCGCCACCGCCGACUCCGCCUUAUAAAUAUACGAACCUGCUUCAGCAGCCAUAUUGGCACCCCCUUUGAACGAUUUUCCAUGCUGGCCCUCGAUUUCUCCUCAUACACGCUCAAACAUUUGUAAAUUCCUGUAAUUGAUCUGAGAGGACUCGCCCUUGCCACGCCUGUGAUAUCUCCCCCCUCAGAAAGUACUUUAUGUCAUACCACAAUGUAGUUUUCGGAAUGUCC